CCCCCCCCGGUUUACCCGAGGAGCGGCGCGCGGAGAGAGAGAGGCUGAGGAUCCGAGGAAAAAGAGCCGUUUCUCCGGCGCGAGAGGCGAGGCGGCGGCAGCACCACAUCUGGCGCAGAGGGAGACGGGAGGUAAGAGACAGACAGAACGAUUUUGGCGACUCACCCUGCGUCGCUCUCCCUCGUCAUUCAACUCCCUUCUUCAAGAAUCCGUCCACCCUUUUGUCUUCACCCCGAGGAUUUGCCUGAAAAAGAUAUAGGAGAAUAAUUUUUUUUUCAUCCACUUCACCAAACUCAGUUGAAUCCAAAAAACUUUUUAUUCCUCACUGCGAGAGAGAAAAGGGGAGCAACGGCAUCUCCAGAAAAUGUUUGAAUAACCUACAUCUGGAUGAUUCUGAUCUUACCUGUGAAGAAAAGCAAAAACGACUUUAUUCCAUUCAGUGCCAAAUAGAAAGGGACUGCGCUUUGGUGAGUUUUUUUUGCGCCUCUCUGGUUCUCUGGUCACGGGAAAGAGAGCGUGUAGGGGGAGACACGUCUGAUUCGCCGCGUGGCUGAUUUAAAUAGCUCCUAUCGGGCCACGCGAAGAAAAGAAAAAGAAAAACGAAGGAAAAAAAAAAGUACCAUUGGCGGCCAAACAAAGUGUUUGUCAGAAAGGCGCUCGAGCUCGGCUGAUCCGUGCAGCUCCAGCCAGCCUGCAUGCAUGGGAGCAGCCUGAGCCCGUCCCCUCCUCCUCCUCCUCCUCCUCAUGUACAUUAUUACAACAAGGGAGACCCAAUCAAGCGCGUAUCUCAUCGAUUCGGUCACACACACUGACGCGCGCGCGCAGUUGCAGCGACGCGCGGCGCACACGCGCGCACUCACACGCACACACACACCGACGUUGUGACUUGCCCCUCAGCGGAUUUUUUGUUUUUUCAAAGCAACUACGAAAUAUCGUAGCUCCGCACCAGGCAGGCAAGCAGGGCAGCGUGUUGGGUGACCAGUACCCGGUCGUCACCUCCUCCUCUUUUCUCUGAGAAUAACAAACUGAAAGAAAAAGCUUCAUGUUGCUUUUCUUUUUUUCAUUAUUUUUCUUUUUUACAUCCCCUCCUAACAACCAACAGGACUUGCGAGAGCCGAAUGGAUUUUUAUGAGAUGGUUUCAGGCACGUUUCGGCUGGUCCACCACCUCUUGGUUUUGAAUUGCGCGUGAUUGCCGGGAGGGGAAAACAAGAAAGAAAGAAAAGCGGAAAAACCUCAUGGAUAGCGCGGCGGAGGAUCAGCCCGUAAACUUCGAGCCUGUUGCAGCCUCCGACGCCAAGUAGAGGGGAUCACACGGAGACACGAGGCGCUUUUUAAAAAAAGAAGAAAAAAAAACUCCGUGUUCUUGUUUUUUUUUCUACGGAAAAGCACCCCCCCCCCACCCUCUGUUCAAGCCCCCACCGCGUCCAUCCAAGUCGGAGCGUGGAGCGGGGCGAGAGAGAGCGACACAGAGCGACCGACGGAGAGGAGCAUCCAGCCGGAGGAGUCGCGCUGAAUUUCCACCAGUCUCUCUAUUUUUAUUUUCAUUUUUUCAUCACCGUCUUCUUCUUUAUUACCAAUUACCAAACUGCACACCCUCCUCCUCCUUACACACACACCCACACCCCGAUCUAUGUGGAAGCCCUGAGAGCGCAUCCAGGGGGGGUGGGGGGGUGGGGGGUUGUAUCAAAGCUCCGCGGAACCCUUCCGGGCAGCAUCGACACAGCAGGGCCAGAGAAGAGCGCCCUGCCGGGGCCCCUGAAGCCGACAUGCCGCGGAGGAAGCAGGAGGCGCCUCGGCGCGCAUCAGCAUAUGUCCCUGAAGAUGAAAAGGAAGCAGCCCUGUUGGAUGAGGACCUGGAUGGAGACGACUCAGCUCAGGAAGGGGAGGAGCCUGCCUCCAAGUUCCUAUGUCAGGACAAGGACAGGCCAGGAUCCACUGGCUUCCAUGACUCCCCAAACGCUGCUGACUUUUCUGGUCAAGAGUUAGACAGUGAGUCUCACCUAAGUGAAUCCAGUGACAGAAUGUCAGAUUUUGAGAUCUCCUCUCUUAAAAAUGAGGAUGAUAUCCUCCUUUCAAAAGACCCCUCGAAUGCCCUUCCCUUUUCUCCCUCCUCUGUCAUGAUGGCUGUUGCCAAUGUUGCUGCCCCAGUAGGUGGAGACGAGGCCAUAUUAGCCACAACAGGGUCUGUGGCUGACAGCCUGGAGAAGAUGAAGGCCAUUUACACCUCCUUCCUGACCAACUCCUAUUGGUCCACACUGAAUCUAAACCUGAGCCAGCCCCCUGCAGAAAAACCCCCUCGCAGUCACAGCAGCAGCAGUAGUAGCAGCAGCAGCAGCAGCUGUGGAAGUGGAGGCUAUGACUGGCACCAAACAGCUAUGGCUAAAACCCUCCAGCAGACCUCACACAACCACCACAACAGACUGGGCCUGGUUCAACAUCCCACAGUGGCUGUAUCCGCAGCAUCUACAGAACCCAACCUCUUUAGUACCGUCCAGCUGUACCGGCAGAGCUCCAAGCUGUAUGGCUCUAUAUUCACUGGUGCCAGCAAGUUCCACUGUAAGGACUGCAGUGCGGCGUAUGACACCCUAGUGGGGCUCACCGUGCACAUGAACGAGACAGGCCACUACCGCGACGAUAACCACGAGACAGAUGGUGAGGGUACUAAACGGUGGUCAAAACCAAGAAAGCGGUCCUUGCUAGAGAUGGAGGGGAAGGAGGAUGCACAAAAAGUUCUCAAGUGCAUGUACUGCGGGCACUCCUUUGAAUCCCUGCAGGACCUAAGUGUCCACAUGAUCAAGACGAAACACUACCAGAAAGUGCCUCUGAAAGAGCCUGUCACUCCAGUGGCCGCUAAGAUUAUCUCCUCGGCUCGAAGGAGAGUCCCCAUGGACAUGGACAUCCCUAGCUCGCCAGACUCUAAUGGAGGCACACCUAAGCCCACCUCCCUCAACGACUCCAAUAACGUACACCAGAAGGUCACCAAUCCUUACAUCACACCUAACAACCGCUAUGGACACCAGAACGGUGCCAGCUAUGCCUGGCAGUUUGAAUCCAGGAAGUCACAGAUCCUCAAAUGCAUGGAGUGUGGUAGCUCUCAUGACACACUACAAGAGCUCACUGCUCACAUGAUGGUGACCGGACACUUUAUUAAAGUCACUAACUCUGCUAUUAAGAAAGGCAAACCCAUUCUAGAAUUGUCCAUCCCGACCCCCAAACCCAAUUUAACAGCUGAAGAAAAGUUCCAGUCCGUUCCCUUGGCUGCCACAACAUUCUCCCCUCCACCUGCCCCAGUUCCUCCUCCAACCAGCAUUUCCCCCACUGCCAUGGUUGUGGAGAUAAAAAAGGAGGAGAAGGAGGAGGAAUGCACAAAAGAGCCCAUCAUCAACAAUGGUAAUCUCAACAAGGAGAAGAAGGCAGGAGGUGAGGAGGAGGCAGAGGAGAAGUUUGAUGUUUCUUCAAAAUACUCUUAUCUAACUGAGGAGGAUCUGGAUGAAAGUCCAAAAGGUGGUCUUGACAUCCUCAAGUCCUUGGAGAACACAGUGACCUCAGCCAUCAACAAAGCCCAGAAUGGAGCUCCAAGCUGGGGUGGAUAUCCCAGUAUCCAUGCUGCUUACCAGCUCCCAAACCUAAUGAAGCUCUCGCUUGGCAACACUGGGAAGAGCUCUGCCCUCAAAUACAUGUUCCCUGGAGGGGAGAUUUUCCCUCCCACUGGUAAGAUCCAGCCUCUGAUCUCCCCUCCCAGCCGCCAGAACUCCCUGCUAGCCAAAACUAACUUCCAUGCAAUGGAAGAACUGGUCAAGAAAGUGACAGAGAAAGUGGCCAAGGUAGAGGAGAAAAUGAGAGAGCCCAGUGGUGUUGUGAGGGGAUCUCCUCUGAGACGUACCACGCCGUCACCCUGCAACAGCGAGCCAGGGGACUCAGCCCGAGGAGAGUCGCCCAAAGAAAAUAGAGCAGGAAGCUGUAAAACUCCAGAGAAUACGAGUGGGGCAGAAAAAGCAGUAGGUGAUGGGAAUGGAGCUAAUCACAGAGAUUCAAAUGGAGAUAUUUCGAUGAAUGAGUCUGGGGAGAAUGGAGUGGAGUCCACUGCUUUGACAUCCCCACUGCCUGCCUCUCUGUGUGGCAGUACAGCUAUCAUCACAGACCAUCCUCCUCCAGAACAGCCAUUCGUCAACCCCCUCAGCGCACUGCAGUCAGUAAUGAACGUCCACCUGGGGAAGGCCGCUAAGCCUGCCCUGCCCUCCCUUGACCCCAUGAGCAUGCUGUUCAAGAUGAGCAACAGCCUGGCAGAGAAAGCGGCGGUGGCUGCUUCCACCCCACCAGCACAGACCAAAAAGCCCGGUAAUGACCGCUUAGACCGCUACUUCUACCAGCAACAUCUAAACAACGACCAACCCAUAGAUCUCACCAAAGGAAAAAAUGCUGACAAAAACAACAGUGGUGGUUCUUUGGGUUCAACGGCUCUCUCUUCCACCACCACCACCCCGUCUUCAAUUUCUCCCUCCUCCGCUGUCACUAUGACCAAAGCCUCAGCUGCAGUAGCUUCCUUUAUGUCAAGCUCCCCUUUGAGAGAAAACGCACUGUCAGACAUAUCCGACAUGUUGAGGAACCUGACAGAAAGUCAGGCUGUCUCCAAGUCCUCCACACCUACCAGCCUGUCCGAGCGCUCCGACUUCGAAGGUAUCACACAGGACGAGAUAGAAGAUUUUUCUCCAGCCCAGAAACGUAAAGGCCGGCAGUCCAACUGGAACCCUCAACACCUCCUGAUCCUACAAGCUCAGUUUGCCGCCAGUCUGAGACAAACAAGUGACGGCAAAUACAUGAUGUCUGACCUGAGCCCACAGGAGAGAAUGCACAUCUCCCGUUUCACUGGCCUCUCAAUGACUACAAUAUCCCACUGGUUGGCUAAUGUCAAGUACCAGCUGAGGAGAACCGGUGGCACCAAGUUCUUGAAGAACUUGGAUUCAGGUCACCCAGUGUUCUUCUGCAGCGACUGCGCCUCUCAGAUCCGCUUACCAUCCACCUAUGUCAGCCACUUGGAAUCCCACUUGGGCUUCCGUCUGCGAGACCUGGCCAAGCUUUCUGGGGAGCAGCUGCUCAGCCAGAUUUCGCAACAACAUCAUCAACACCGCCACACUAAAGGACUAUCUGAAAAACUGCUCUCUAAUCUUCACCCAUCCAGCCACCCUUUAGCCUCUUCCUUACCCAUCUCCCUGCCCUCGUCCUUAACCACUUCUCUGUCCUCAACUGAAUCCCCGUCACCCUCCCCCGCCGACGACGACGGUGGGUCUGUGUACCAAUGCAAGCUCUGCAACCGGACUUUUGCGAGCAAGCAUGCGGUCAAGCUUCACCUGAGCAAGACUCAUGGGAAGUCCCCCGAGGACCAUCUCAUGUAUGUGUGUGAGCCGGAGAAACAGUAGCACUGGCUGGGGACAAUGCAGUGUUCUUUUGUAAUGGCUCACUCUUUCUUGCUCUGUCUCUCUUAAGCCUUUCACAGACAAUUCUUUUGAAGAGAAGAAAGGAUUAUUAACGUGGUGGAACUGCACAAAGAUGCCAUACAACUACUGUUUUAAGUUUUGGCACAUGGUUUAAAAUUUUGUGUUGUAGCAGUUGUUGUUUUUUCUUUUCUUUUGUUGCUGAGUGAGGUAGUCUCACUCUGGCCCAAGACACUCGAUUUUAGUGAUCUGCUUUGACAGGAAUAGAGUGACUUUUUUCAAACUGUGCAGGUGGGGGCUGUUGUCAUUGAGAAAAUACAGUAUAUGAAGGUUUAAAAAAAAAAAAGAGAUUCUAAAAUGAAGUGGCGUGUAUUUUGAAACUUGUGUAAAUGGAAUUAAGUUCCUUUAUAUUUUGACAUCACUGGGAUGUGAUAAGCUGCAUGCAUAAAUGAAACAGUUUAGUUAAACAUUUUAUAACUAAAUCUGGGUGCACUUUCCAUAAUUUCUUUUUGUUUUAGAUUUUUUUUAUUCCACUCUUCCGCUCGUUUGCGCUCUUUUUUUAGUUUUAGUUUUUUUGUGCUGGAGUCAGCAUUUAAAAUUUAACCCUCUGAGUACGUCAAAGCACUUCUACACCUACGAUCCAAACACUAUCGACUCACGAUUUGAGAUUGUGAAUUAUUGAAGCUAAUGUGAGAAUUUGAUGGACAAUGUGUGCAUUGUGUCUGCAAUGCCUGUUUCCCAGACAAACAGUAUGGUAAGUCUAAUCCUAGACAUGAAAGCAUUGUAUUAGAAAGAGAUUCUCUAUUCACUGCAAGGUUUUCAUCGUGGGCUUAAUAUUUGUUUGAGAUAUGUUUGCCGGACUUGACACAAGCAUUGUAGCUAUGUGGUAAAAAAAAGAAAUCUGAAGUCUUUUUACUUUGGUCGAUCAGGGACCUAUAUUAAUUCAGGUCUGUGUAAAAUAUGUACAUAAAAGCAUAUUAACUAAUUCCUGUCUAAAUUAUGCAUAAUUUCUAUAUUUUUUAAUUUAAAAGGAUUAUGACUAUCUGCUGGUGCACAGUAUAUGAAGACAUAAAUAAAAUUGUUUUGCACAAUAGUUUUAUAAAUGUGUUAUUUAAUCAAACGAUACAAGAAAAGAUAGGUAGCAAAAUGAUGACAACAGGUGAAUCUUUUUAUUCCCAACUCGUGCUCAAAGGGUUAAAGACUCUUUUUACCAGACACUACUCUACAUGUGCCGCUGUAUGAACACUAAAAAAAGAUAUUAACGGUUGUACAAAAAAAGAUGUUACUUUAUAAAGAUAUUUCACAUGUAAACUGUUAUUUAUAAGCACUCUUGGUUGUUUCAUAUUGUUCAUAUUGUUGAAUGCCUUUUCGAUUGGUCCUAUUUUUUUGUUCUGUCUAAUUACUCUGCCACGAUUCCACACUGCAGCUUUAUCUUUUUGGGAUAUGAAAGGUAACCAUGGUUACAAUAACCUCUUGAGUGACAAGUUCUGCUACAUUUUUGGCAGUUAAUUUGCUGAAGUAACUGACAGCUGCCAGGGUAGAGAAAUAACAAAAAAAAUAUCCUUAUGUGUAAAAUAUCGGCAUGUAAACAGCACAGAUACUGUAAUGCAUUCUGUGCCGUUAGUCUUUUUUCAUUUCGUUAUUUUCGUUUUCUGUUGUUGUUCUUGACAAUGAACCCCCAUUAUAUGACUUCAUAUAACCUUGUUUUCUACUGCAGCAUUAAAAAAAGGAAACUGUUUUUUGCAAUUAUGUGUGUAUGCAUUGUGUGUGUCAUGGCUAUCAAUUAUGUGUGUGCCGUGCAGUCCCUAAUGAGCACAUUAGACUGGGAGUGUGUCAACGUCUGUCUGUGACGAGCUGCAUACUAGCUUACAGUGAGUGGCAGCAGCGGGGCCGUGUGGGAGACAACACACACACACACACAUAUCCAGACAUGCAAACAGACACCAUCAUUUUUGGGCUUUUACCAGUAGCCUCCUCUGUUGUCCUGGUGACAUAGACUAAGGCGUAUACACUGCAUAAAUAAGACUGAGCCUGCAACAAAAGAUUUAAGAAACAGUAAAUACAUCAAAUGACAAAAAAGUUUUAUCAAUUUAUGGGGGCAGUGGAGAGAAUCACACAACCAAAAACGCAACUCAGCUCCAUUCUCACCGUCUUUCUCUUUCCACACAGGAUAUGGAAGAAUAAAGACAGACAAAAAAAAAAGGUUUAAAUAAUAAUUACCUCCAACGUCCAUUUUGUGACUAUUUUCCCGCGAGGCAAGACACCUGGCAGACAUGUUUGUUUAGGCUUCAUGGGAUACGACAACAAUGCUGACAAGAUGAGCGGGUCCUUUCAAGUGUUUAUUCAUCAUCUUUCCCUGUCCGGAGCCGUGAUUAAGCAGGAAUUGCGUCAGUAUCAAUUUGAUGUGUGCUGCACAACAGCGUGACACAGAUAUAGCAGAUAGGACUAAGAGGUAAAAGUUUGCAUGAGGAAGCAUUCUACGGGAUCUACGGGAGAAUCAGCAUACGUUCAGUGCAGAUGAGGGAAUGAGAACACAGAGGUGGGUAUUAAAAACAAGCACGUCAUAUCAACAUACGUGCAAAUCUGCACACAAGCGCACAAGUGCAUUACAUAAACAUACAGAGCACACGCGAUAAAUCAAAGUGAGAUGGCGCUGUGUGUUCCUGAGCUACAUCGCUUUCCCUGCUCCGUUCUGCCACUUAGUAAACCAUGCUGAAAAAACAACAGCAAAAAACUACAUGCGCAGGCAACUAGACCCACCUGCACACAACACAAACACACUGAAUUGUACAGAAAAGCCCACCAAAUUAUCUUCUUUUCUUCACAUGCACAAAGGUGCACAGAAGGCCAAUACACACACACACCUCAAUAGCUAGGUAGAAGGACUUCAUCCGCAGUGACAAGGUGCCACUGUGUGUGAAAAUGUCAGCCUUCAACGGCGCAGCCUGAAGUCUGGCACCGUAUUUAAGGUUCUCAUUAGCCUCAAAGAAAAUAUGCGUGAAAUUGAAGUGUGAGAAAGCCCUUUUCUCUCUCUCCCUGCCUUCACAACCGGCGAGCAGAGGCAAGGGGCUUAUUAAGGAUCAAAACUAGCAUGCAGAAGACAAUGGGUACCACCACUGGGAUGUGCACACACACACACAGACAUACACGGGAAAACAUAUUCCCAUCCAUGCACUUACUGUGUAUCUCAAUGCAAUCAUAAUAUGCAUUAAACCCUAUUAGUUACAGCCAAUGAAGUGAAAUAGACUGACCUCCAUUAUGUGCACUACAAAAGGGCAAACAUUGGUUUAAGUUAUAAUCUUUAACACACCUGGGUACAAGUCGUGAGUCUGUUUACAGCGUAAAAAUCACUGGUCUAGGAGGUUCCAUCUCGUCACAUGUAAAUAAAGAAAGCCUAAGAAGACAGUCAUCACUGCUGUUCAAUUCCGGCUGUACAAGACAGGGGAACAACAGGGGCAAUGAUAUAAUGCGACAUGCAUGGAAACAUGUCAAAAUGACUGAUGCAAUUGAUUGAAUCGUAAUUAUACUAACUUUAACUUGACUGCGGAUGGGACCACAACAUUCACAGUUACAGGCUUGUGUCUCAUGCUAAAACAAAUGGUGAAUGAAUCAAUAAAUAAACAACUAUUUUGCUGUGAUUUCAACAAGAGUAUACAGCUGCACCAGCUAAAAAUGACAAACAUUGGAUGCUUCAAGCUUUUCAAAUGCAGUGAUUUACCACUUCAAUCAUUUUGUAUUCCAUUGUAAAUACUUCUCAUUAGAGUUUUUAGCUGUUGGUCUCAAAAAUCCAGCAAAGAUGGGAACUUGUGCUUUUAGAACUCUCUUUUGAGCCAUGCUAGCUGGCACCACUUUUUUCCACAUUGAAUCUUUCCAACAACGUUUGAUGGAUUUCCCUGACAUUUUCCCAGAGGACGAAUCCCAUUGACUUCGUUGAUGAGGUGACUUUUCCUAUAGCGUCUUCAUCAGGUCACCAAACACCAAAUACCUGCAAAACUUGUGACAUUUCCACCAACCACCAAGCUUAACUAACAUGGCGAACACGGUAAACAUGAAAACACCAUCACGUAAGCAUUGUCAUUGGGAGCAAUUUCAUCAUGCUGAUGUUAGCAUUCAGCUCACAGCACUGCUGUGCCCGACCGCAGCCUCUCACAACCACUAGCACAACUGUCACUAGUUUGAGACAUGAAAUGAAAACAAAAAUAAUCAAUAGCUUGCGCAUGAGGCCCUCAUAAGUGUCCGAAAACUGCGUAGCAAUUAAACACUGUUGCUCCAUUCUGUGGUCUAUAUGUAAGAUUGGAAGUAGGCUGCCAGCUGUAAAAGGACUGCACUGCCUGAAGCGAGCCAUGCCAGUGAACAUUACCAUCUUAAUAGUGUUUUUUGGAGAUGGUGCUAUGUGCCAGCGUACCACACCUUCUUUGUAGCCCCACACAAUGCAACCGUCAGAAUCCCCCAGGAACAUAGAGAGAGCCUCCACAACAGUAAGCUGCUCGCAUGCAUUUGAGGAAGGUGUGCUGCAGAUCCAGAUAGCUUUAUCUAAAGCAGGGGGCUGGAGGGAGGGUGGGAAUACAAGCUCGGUGGAUCCACCGCUCACAAUGGAAUCACUCGGCAUAACACAAAUAAAGCCGGGGUACAAGCAAACACACUCCCUACACAAAGACGCACAGGGAGAGCGCCCUGUCCAUCUCGCUUUCUCUUGAUUUCUUUUUCUGUUCCCAUUUCUUCUCUCCCCUGUUCUUUAUUUCACUUGCACACACCGUCUCGCAGACACAUCGCUACCCAUAGGCCGCUGCCUCACACACCAUAUUAUUUGUUUUCCCAAACAAAACAAAAUAUAUAGUUCUUACUGGUAAUAUUUUAUGCCGACAAAUGUCCCUUUUUCAGAGGAAUAAUUCAUCUGAGCAGGUGUAUGCCACAUGCCCAGCUUUGUCGAUGGAUACAACCCAUUCCUGAAAAGCGAAACGAAAAGAUGACUUCAUUUAAUCAGUAGAAAUGUUGAUGGAACAACAAAAACAAAAAAACAAAUAUCAACUAAGUCCAAGCUGAUCAUUUUCUGCUCAGAAAUAACAGAAGUAGUUUUUAUUCAUGUCCCUGCCGUCGGGAUGAAUUGUAAUAACUUUGAUGACCCCUGGACUUUUCAUAGAGCACCGCCAUCAGGACAACAUGUCAAUGUGUUGAAUGCUUUAGUUUAAGACCAAAUAGCUGCACCCUAAACUAAGAUAGGGAACAUGGUAAACAUUUGACUUGCU